CAUCUGCUCCUUCUGGGUUAAGGGAGAGUGCAAGAGAGGAGUGUCCCUACAGGUUUUGGUGGUCCUAUGUUUCACAUGGGUUCCAUGGGUCCCCCUCUUCCCCCUUCAUGGGUAUGAGAUCCCCAGGACACAUCCACUACCCUUCCCAGGAUCUGCAGCGCAUGGGAGCCCACGCUGCCCGCCAAGGCGACGAGUUGCCAUGACGUGCAUGUCAGAGGACCGUUGGCCUAUUGAAACUCUCCCUCCUGGACUAUGUUUCUCUGAGCUGGUUCUGGGAAGUUCGGUUACGACAGGAUCCUCAAGUAAUGGUGCAGGGCCCCCUCAUGCAGUUCCAGCAGGACAUUUAUGGGAUCAAAGAGAGAGAACACAGCAGGAAAAUCCCUCUCUCUGUGACGACUCCACCAUCCUGAGUGAGUCUGAACACACCUCUUCAAACUGUCCUGCAGACGAGGAUAGUCACCCCCCCAGUGCUGAACACACCUCUUCAAACUGUCCUGCAGACGAGGAUAGUCACCCCCCCAGCACUGAACACAACUCUUCAAACUGUCCUGCAGAUGAGGAUAGUCACCCCCCCAGUGCUGAACACACCUCUUCAAACUGUCCUGCAGACGAGGAUAGUCACCACCCCAGUGCUGAACACACCUCUUCAAACUGUCCUGCAGACGAGGAUAGUCACCCCCCCAGUGCUGAACACACCUCUUCAAACUGUCCUGCAGACGAGGAUAGUCACUCCCCCAGUGCUGAACACACCUCUUCAAACUGUCCUGCAGACGAGGAUAGUCACCCCCCAGUGCUGAACACACCUCUUCAAACUGUCCUGCAGAUGAGGAUAGUCACCCCCCAGUGCUGAACACACGUCUUCAAACUGUCCUGCUGACGAGGAUAGUCACUCCCCCAGUGCUGAACACACCUCUUCAAACUGUCCUGCAGACGAGGAUAGUCACCCCCCAGUGCUGAACACACCUCUUCAAACUGUCCUGCAGACGAGGAUAGUCACCCCCCAGUGCUGAACACACCUCUUCAAACUGUCCUGCAGACGAGGAUAGUCACUCCCCCAGUGCUGAACACACCUCUUCAAACUGUCCUGCAGACGAGGAUAGUCACCCCCCAGUGCUGAACACACCUCUUCAAACUGUCCUGCAGAUGAGGAUAGUCACCCCCCAGUGCUGAACACACGUCUUCAAACUGUCCUGCUGACGAGGAUAGUCACUCCCCCAGUGCUGAACACACUCAGGUCCCACAACUGACUGCUCCUCCAUCAUUGUGAGGGAUGUACUGAAGGACAAGGUCAGAAAGCUGAGGUGUGACAGAGAGCAGGACACCCCCCCAUACAAGCCAGCAGAACAGCCCACCUCAGGCCCAGACCACAACCUCAACGGGACAGACAGCACAGGACCCACCAACCCAACAGACCCCACCCCCUCCUACCAGCCCUCCUGUCAGUUCCCCCGAUAGCCCUCCUGACAACCCCCCCACAUCCACUGAGGACACACAAAAGUCAGAGAUUGUGCUCCUCAUUGACUCAAAUGGCAAAUACGUUCAAGAGGGUACACUUUUUCCCUAACACAAACUGGCUAAACUCUGGUGCCCAAACACUAGGCAUGCCCUGGAGCUGUCGUCAGAGGGCAGACUAGGGUCCCCCAGCCGCAUCAUCAUUCACACAAGCACAAAUGACCUGAGGGCCCAGCAGGAAAGAGUGACAACAGCACUCAGGGGGGGAUUUGAAAAACCUUCCACUUUCCCCAACGCACAAGUGGUUAUCUCCACCCUGCUACCACGAAAGUACUUUCACCCUGCCACCAUACAGCUGGUGAAUCCAGGCAUUUUGCGAGACUGUGCCUCAAAACCUAAUAUAUAUAUAUAUAUCUGGCCCACCACUCCACUCUGGACUUGAACAGCCUUUACGACCAGGUCCACCUUUUGCCAGGAUCCUGAAGGACGUCACUCUCAACCAUAGACCCAGCACCUCACACAGGAGCAACAGAGCAACGGACCCCCCGCCCAGACCAGGGCGACACCCUCCCGAAGGACCUUUACUGAGAGAACCCAUGCCAAGAGGACCUACACCCAGACCACAGCAUCACCAGCCACACUCCAACCAGCUAAGACCACCCCAAACAAACCCUGGCCAAAAUCUUAUAGGCCCCCCCAUAUCAGACCUAUGCCUCUUCUGCCCCCCCCCAACCCCCACGAUUACACCUGCCCAAGCCCCAUCCUGCGACAUAAGAGGAGUAAGCAUACAGGCUACCUGCACUACACCAUAGGCCAGUUGAGGCAGAUGGAGAAACAGUUCUACGACACAGACAUCCACUUGGAGGUGCUGUCUGAACAGGGGACUACUCACACGUCACCAUGAGAGGAUGAGGAGGAGCUGGAGACUCUGCCUAUCACCAGCUUCAUCGAAGUCUUCCCCUUCAACAUUGCCUUAAGACAGGGAUAGCAGCCGCUGUCUGAAACUGAAGGGUCAGAUGAGAUACGUGACUGAGUCGGAGUCCGUCAUCUUCCUGGGAGCCCCUGUGUGUUCAUUUCUGCAUACCGGUAAUAACAUAGGCAUGUUCAUGUUUAUCUCUAGACAGUGUUAGCUCACUGAACUAAAGGUAAUAGUUCUGGGAUCUGUGUGUGUACUUCUACAGAAUGGAGAGUCCGAGUGCCAUGUUUAAAACCGGUCUCUAUAUCAACGACCUGAGUAUGCAUGAGUCCAGUAGAGCCCUGGUACUGGCACAAUAAAGGGAAUAGGGUGCGACCAACUGUAUGUCUAUGGUCAGAUUGACUCAGUGCUGUUACUACUCUCUGUCGCCCCCUGUGGUGAUUGGAGGAACAGAAGAAGUGGAGGACAGUAUGAAGAUGCUGGACUUGGCAACGAAGAAGACAGAGGAUCUGCUAUACGGGAUGAUCCCCAAACCCGUGGCCAAGAGACUGCGCAAGGAAGAGCCUGCUGUCAACACCUGUGAGGGUUGUAGAGAUUGAGACAUACUGGCUGAACAGGAAGAGGGAUAAGGAUGGGGAGCCCAGGCUGCCUGUCCCCAGUUUGAGACCCAAUCAAUAAACCACCAGCAAGCCAAUCAGUAAACAACAUUAACCGUGCUCUAAGGAAAGAGUUGCCCACAGCACAUCUGAUUGGCUGGCUUGAGGGUAGAUAUGGUUUGAUCUGGUUGAAAAAAGGAACAGUUAUGUUGUGAACAAUUCAAAUGAAACAUGGUCUCCUUCACCACCAGCAGUUACCAUACCCGGUCUGCUAGGUUGUUGCUACUUAAAUCCCCAGGACAUUCACAAUAUUAGGCAAGACUGCCUUCUCUUCUUGUGCACCAGACGCAUGGAACAGUCUACAAUCCAUGCUUCAUCUAGAUAUGUUUGUGCCACUGAAUGAAUUUAAAAUAUUGACGGGAGACUCUGUUACAGAGGAGUGUAAAUGCUUUUUUUUAGGCUGGAUCAUGUUGUUGUAUUGUAUUGUUGUAUGUUUUAAUUCUGUAAUGUAUUGAUUGUUGCUGCCUUCUUGGCCAGGUCUCCCUUGAAAAAUAGACUCUUGGUCUCAAUGGGCUUUUUCUGGUUAAAUAAAGGUGUCACGGUCAGUGGCAAGGGAAGACGAGGAUGAUGUGAAGUCCUUCCGUUCCCACCGUAUCAUGACAGAGAUCUGGAGGAAUGAUGGGCUGAGGAGAUGUCUGUGAGCAAGAUGAGAAGGAGGUCACUACUGCAUUAUUACCUAAAGAAUUCACUUGUACUUAAGGAUGGAGUUCAGGUUUUACUCUGACACCUUUCAUCGCCAUGUUUUGUUAUUUUCUUCUCUUUCUCACCUAUAUCCUCUCACUCCCCUCUCUCCUUCUGUCCUUCUUCCACUUGCCCUUUCUUUCUCUCCCCCUCUCUUUUCUCCCUUUCCCCUAGUCUCACAAUAAGGCUUCUCUCCACCAUAACAACGGUCGACAGGACAGUCACAUUGAGCUGGACUCUCCAGAGUUUGACGUGCAUGACUCCAUCAUGGCUUCUCCAGAAGGCUCGGUUCCUACUGCUCAGAGAAGAGCGCCAUGUGCUCCAUGUCCUGAAACCUUGGUCACCAUGGCAAUAUAGGCCUAAUGAGUGGCCUCGAGCCACUUAGCGCAAAGGCUGAAACUGUGGCUGAUAAGGAUGAUAGUUAAACUGGAAUAACUUUUUUAAAAUGCUUGUGUAUAUUUGUUUCAAAAUGCUGAAGGCUUUGACAUUGUUUUAUUGCAGAGCAAUUUUGUGUAUGAUUGGAGUAUGAAUCUAUGAUUUGUGCAUGAAUUUAUGUAUGAUUAAAGUUGUCCAGGCCAGUGGCGACCUGUCAUUCAAGGCAGAUGGGGGCAGUUUUUUGUUGUUGCCUGUUUUUUUUGGCAUUCAUACGUGUCACAUAUCAGUUUGCAAACAAUGUCAAAAUAAGUAAAUAAUUGGGUUAAUAAAGCCACGUACAAACAUG